GAGACGUUCCCUUAAAUUUCAGCUGAUAAAUGAAUGGAUAUUGGAAUAUGCACUCAUCGAUAUUUGGGAAGAAUUCACAAAUAGUCAGACGUAUUCCUUGUCGAAUUCCACAGUUAAACUAAUUACUGUUCUGUUUGAGAAAAAAUACUGCUCAUGUGGCCUUGCAGAAGAACUUCUAAGUUUUCUGAUGAUCUUGUGUUGCCUCAAUGAUUACAAAAACUUCUACAGAAAGCCUGAAAAUGGUGAAGCUAGUGGUAUUGACUGCCUACCAGUGCUGUUACGCCGAAUUAAGGUCAAGGUCACAUCUCAAGAUGAAACCUUGACACCUCUCGAGGAAAUCCAGAUCUACUGGUCCAAUCAGUUCCAGAAAGGAGAGAUGCAGAGAAUCGAGGAGAGAGUCUUCAAACAUGAGGCAGUGCAUGCUUGCCUGAGACAAGGGAUGAAGCAGCUUGCUCGACAGGUGUAUGACCGUGUAUUCACUAAAGAGGAAGAAAACAACGACAUAAAUGGCAUGGUGAAAAGUACGAAGAACAUGCUCGAAAUGGGAACAGACAUGUUACCAUUGGACAUGUGUAACAAGAUAGAUGAUCAGAUAAUCACAUAUCUAAAAAAGGUCUUAGACGGUUACCAAACUCCAAUUCAUUGUGAAGGUAGAAUCAAAACCGAGAACAGCGGUCAGCGAAAUGGCCAAAUUGAUCAUUGUCUACAGAUGGCUGAAGACAAAUUGAAGAAGAGUUGCAAUUACCAGUCAAGUGACAGUGGCAGACCUGGGAGAGCUGAGCAUGUAGUGGUGGAACCAAGGAUUGGGAACCAGUCAAGUGACAGUGGCAGACCUGGGAGAGCUGAGCAUGUAGUGGUGGAACCAAGGGUUGGGAACCAGUCAAGUGACAGUGGCAGACCUGGGAGAGCUGAGCAUGUAGUGGUGGAACCAAGGAUUGGGAACCAGUCAAGUGACAGUGGCAGACCUGGGAGAGCUGAGCAUGUAGUGGUGGAACCAAGGGUUGGGAACCAGUCAAGUGACAGUAGGAAACCUGGGAGAGCUGAGCAUGUAGUGGUGGAACCAAGGGUUGGGAACCAGUCAAGUGACAGUGGCAGACCUGGGAGAGCUGAGCAUGUAGUGGUGGAACCAAGGAUUGGGAACCAGUCAAGUGACAGUGGCAGACCUGGGGGAGCUGAGCAUGUAGUGGUGGAACCAAGGAUUGGGAACCAGUCAAGUGACAGUGGCAGACCUGGGAGAGCUGAGCAUGUAGUGGUGGAACCAAGGAUUGGGAACCAGUCAAGUGACAGUGAGAAACCUGGGAGAGCUGAGCAUGUAGUGGUGGAACCAAGGGUUGGGAACCAGUCAAGUGACAGUGGCAGACCUGGGAGAGCUGAGCAUGUAGUGGUGGAACCAAGGAUUGGGAACCAGUCAAGUGACAGUGGCAGACCUGGGAGAGCUGAGCAUGUAGUGGUGGAACCAAGGGUUGGGAACAUGUCUGAGGAACCCUGGGGCUGGCACAUACCUGAUGAGCCCUUGGGUGGAGACACAAACCAAGAGUUCUUUUCACCUGUCAGAAAGAAGAUGCGGUGUCAGAAAGUCCAGAAAGCUCUGGUAGAGCCGGAAUCUGAUGCUGAGACGGUCAUCAUGGAGGAAGAAGGCGGGCUGACGCGAGAGUGGACAAAGGACACACUGGAGAUGUUAACUGCCACCAUUAUAUUUCAGGACACACUGGAGAUGUUAACUGCCACCACAGAUGAGCAAAGCAGUUGUAGUGAGGGGCAUAUGGAGUCCCAUGACACCGAGUCCUUGGCAUAUAGCAGCUCACAGAGAAAGAGGAAAUCUUCCAAAGGGUCUGAACUGUCUUCAUUGCAACCCAGCAAAGUUCCCAAAAUGACUCGAUGGCAACCAAGCAAGGCCCCAACAACAACAAGAUGGCAACAAAGCAAAGACACCACAACAGCUACUAGGCAACCAAGGAAUGCCUUUACAUCAACUCCACAGCAACAAAGCAACGCCUCUACAAAAGCUCCAGGGCAAACAAGCAAAGCCUCUACAACAGCUCCAGGGCAAACAAGCAAUGCCCAUACAACGAUACCUUGUCAAGUAUUUUACAGCCCCAGAACUCCACAACAACCCAAUGAUCUUACACCAUCUAAAAGGAGACCUAGCCUACGAACUGCUCCUCCGCAACCAAGCAACGCCAGCACAACUGCAUGGAAACCAAGCAACGCUAGCACGACUGCAUGGAAACAAAGCAAUCCCCCCAAAAGAGCUCCUCUGCUGACAAGUAUGUCCCCCACAAAAAAUCCUUGUCAACCUAUCAAUGGUCAAACAAUGGCUCCAUGGCAGCCAUUCAAUGCCCCCUCAACUCCACAACUACUUACAAACGUUGCACCAUGUGGAAGCAGACCUAGGGAUGACUCCUCAAGGUCAUUACCAGGGAGACAGAGUAACUCUUCCAGAUCCAAUACGUCUUGCUGUACCUCAAAUGCAUUCAGGAAUCAACAGAAGUUUCCACAAGGGUUUUGCAGCGUUAAUCGGGGCAUCUCUGGGUGGCAGUGUCGCGAUGACAUCUGGAGACCUGGACAUGACACAAGCGAUAUUGAUGAUGACGAUUUCUGCGCCCAGUCCUUGGAUUGGGGUGCGAAAAGGAAGAAAUGGACUUGGGACGAAACAGUUCAAUUCUACAAGGCUACAAUUAAAAUUGGGUUUGGGAAGUGGUCAAAGAUUCGCAAAGACUUAGGGACAACUCGCACAGGGCUACAACUUAAGGACAAAUGGAGGAAUAUUAUAAAAAGUGGAGAUAUAAAUAAACUGCGUAGAAUAAAGAAAUAAAGUGCUUAUAUCACCUGUGGUGAUAUUUAGUGCUCAGGACCCCGAUGUACCUUCAAAAAUUUUGAAGAUUUGAAUCACAAGUGCUUAUAAUAUCAGAAUUGAAUGAAUGUUAAAUUCAAGUUUUAUCUGAGAUCAGUGCUAUACCAUUAUGGCUUAUGUGCCAAUUUAUUCAAAGCAACAUAUGACCCUCACCGUGGGAAAACAGGGUCAAAUGCAUGUGCAUAAAGUGUCAUCCAAGGUUAGCCUGUGCAGUCUGCACAGGAUAAUUAGGGACGACAGUUUUUCCUUGACUGGAUUUUUGUUUUAAAAGGAACUUCCUGUAAACAAAAAAUUUACUGCACAGGUUUAUCUGGGAUGACACACUGCACGUGCAAUAAGCCCGGUUUUCCCAGGCGAGGCUCAUGUAUUAAGAAAACUCAAUUUGUUUUUUUGACGAGUGGUUGAUUUAACUUUAAAGAAAUUUCCCAACUGUUACUUUUCCCCUUAAACUUACAUAUCUCGUUUUAAAAUAAUUUUUAAUUUACAUAUUUUCAACGAAAGAUGUUGCUCAAAUGACUAAGUUAGCAGAAAACUGUUUAUAUCAAAAAUAAUGUUUGAUAUCAAAGUUUCUCUUAAGAUCAAUUAAGAUCAGAGUUUUGCUAGGGAAUACUGGCCUAGCAGUGUUAUCUAAGCUUGUCAUCAAAUCAUAGUACAACAUUCACUUAUUAGCAGGCUUUGUAGCAGUAAUUUUGGUUUGGCCAGUUGAGCUAUAAUUUGGUGAAAUCAGGUCUGUGCUUUUGAAACUUGAAAAUAUUUCUUGUUUAUUUUACCCUAUAGAAAGUAAGAUUUUGUCGAGGAAGUGUUGUUGUUUUUUAAUUGAAUUUUGAAACUACUGUAAUGUAAAAAAAGAUAUGUUGAAAAAGGCCCCAGGAAAAGGUAAUAUUUUUUAUCCCUGCCAAAGUUGGAGGAAUCAAGAAUUGGUGUAGUCUAUCUGCCAUUCUGUCUGUCUGUCACAAAAUGUUGAAAUUUGCGUCGGAUAUCAAUUCAACAAAUUCGCUUGAUUUAUAAGGACUUAUGUUUUUAGUAGUAUUAACUAACGAUACAACUGUAACAUAAUACACCUUUGGAUAAUGUUUUCUCAAAAUUGGCAGGACCUCAACUUUGUGUGGUUGUUGUGCAUUGUGUGGAGGUUUUUAUUCAGUUUUUAGUUGCAAUUUUUCAGUUAUCAAACUUUUGUUUCUAUAGGUUAGCUGUUGUUGUUUAUUUACGAUCAAUUUACCAGUCUUAAAUGGAAAAUAAGUUAUUUGUUAGUUGUUGUUGUUUAUUUGUGAUCAAUUUACCAGUCUUAAAACAGAAUGACUUAUUUGUAAGCUGUUUUAGCUCCGAUGUUUUCGGAGAAAACCUGAGGUAUUUUCAUAGCCAGCUCGUCGUCCGGCGUCGUGCUUAAACCUUUACAUUUUGUUAAUCUUUUGAACAUUGGCUCUAAAAUCAAAGUGCUUCCACUUACAACUUUGAAACUUCAUAUGAAGAUGCACCAUGAUGAGUUUUACUUGCCACACCCAUUUUGGGGUCACGAGGUCAAAGGUCAAGGUCACUGUGAUAAAAAAAAUAAAUAAAAAAAUUCUGCCAAGCUUUCAUUUGUUCAAAACUGCACCAGCAGCCGAUUCGGUGCUCUUGUUGUUUCUCUGUGAUCAAUUUACUUGUCUUUGUGGAUAAUUAGUUAUUUGUUAGAUGUUUUUGUUUAUUUGUGAUCAGUAUACUAGUCUUAAAGGAUAAUUAGUUAUAUGUGAACUGUUUUUGUUUAUUGGUGAUCAUUUUACUAGUCUUAAAAGAUAAUUAGUUAGAUGUUAACUGUUUUUGUUUAUUGGUGAUCAUUUUACUAGUCUUAAAGUAAUGUUAGUUAUAUGUGAGCUGUUGUUAUUUAUUUGUGGUCAAUUUAGCAGUCUUGAAGGAGAAGUGUAAAGGACAAAAAUUGUUUUACUGAUACUUCAUAAUGACCUUUUGGUAAUUCAUUUUUAGCUCAUCUAUUUUUUGAAAAAAAAUUAUGAGCUUUUGUCAUCACCUUGGCGUCGGCGUCGGCGUACAGUUAAGUUUUGCGUGUAGGUCCACUUUUCUCAUAAAGUAUUUAUGCUAUUGCAUUCAAACUUGGUACAUUUACUUUUUAUCAUGAGGGGACUGGGCAGGCAAAGUAAGAUAACUCUGGCUUGCAUUUUGACAGAAUUAUGUUCCCUUUUUAUACUUAGAAAAUUGAAAAUUUUGGUUAAGUUUUGUGUUUAGGUCCAUUUUAUUCCUUAAGUAUCAAAGCUAUUGCUUUCAUACUUGCAACACUUACUAACUAUCAUAAGGGGACUGUGCAGGCAAAGUUAUGUAACUCUGACUGGCAUUUUGACAGAAUUAUGUGCCCUUUUUAUACUUAAAAAAUUGAAAAUUUGGUUAAGUUUUGUGUUUAGAUCCACUUUUUUCCUAAAGUAUCAAAGCUAUUGCUUUCAUACUUGCAACACUUACUAACUAUCGUAAGGGGACUGUGCAGGCAAAGUUAUGUAACUCUUACUGGCAUUUUGACGGAAUUAUGGGCCCUUUAUACUUGAAAAUUUGGUUAAGUUUUGUGUUUUGGUCCACUUUACCCCUAAAGUAUCAUAGAUAUUGCUUUCAUACUUGGAACACUCGCAAACUAUCAUAAGGGGACAGUAAAGGACAAGUUGCAUAACUCUGGUUGUCAUUUUUACGGAAUUAUGGCCCUUUUUUGACUUAGUAACUUUGAAUAUAUGGUUACAUUUUGUGUUUAGAUCUUUCAUGCUAUCAUGAGGGUACUGUACCUGGCAAGUUGAAUUUUACCUUGACCUUUGAAUGACCUUGACUCUAAAGGUCAAAUUAUUAAAUUUUGCUAAAAUUGCCAUAACUUCUUUAUUUAUGAUUCGAUUGAUACUUUGACAAAACAACUCUUACCUGACAUACAACAAUAGAUUUCACCCAAACCA